AUGGCUACCCACGAACAAGACAUCAAAACCUUUACCAUAAGUGCUUGCCUUACUGGAACAUUUUCAAUGGCACUGUUGAAGUCACAUUUUAUAAAUAAAGAACUGCACCUUCUUGAGAAAAUUCGAGUAAGGGAGACGCGCAUAUAUGCUUCUAAAGACGAAGAAAUCAUUCAAAUUUACAAAAAUCGUGCCAAUAAUAUUAACAAAUUUAAUUUGUGCUAUAUGAUCAUCAAUUAUUUAGAUUCCGUCGGUUACAUGUACAUCAUUGGACCAAUAUUUGCUCCUGUAGAAACAGUUUAUGAUUCUGUUAAAAAUACAACACAUAUACACAAACAGUUGCCGAUAGAGUCGUGGAUGCCAUUUAACGUAGAUGAGCACUUUUUCAAAGCACUACUUUUAGAAGAAUUCCUGUCGACGUUUUGUAUGGUACUGAGUUUCGGAAGUGACAUUUUCUUCUACGGUUAUAUAGGAUAUAUGAUCGGCCAGCUGGAAAUUUUAAAUUACAUUCUUCUUAAUUUUGAAACUUACAAGGAGAGAAUUAAACAGCAACUUAACUGCGAUGAUGAAAAAGCGAAUUACGUGACGGUCCAGCUUUGCAUAAAAGAACAUCAAAUAGUGAUGGGAUAUAUAGAUGACUAUAAUAACUCUAUGAGAACUAUGAUGUUGUUAGACUUUCUUCACAGCUCUGCUCAGUUGGCUAUGAUCUCGAUUAUUAUAUUGCUGUGUGUAACAGAUAAUCUUAUAAAGAUAGCAGGAUUAGGAUUUGCGGUUAUUCUUCUCUGCAGAUUGGGCGUUUUUUAUUGGUUGGCGAACGAUGUAAUUGUAAAGAUACUGAAAACAGCGUAUUCUUACCUGACAUUCGUUUAUAAAUAUAAAGACGAGAUUUUGGGCUAA